AUGGCGGCUGUGAGUCGGCAGAGACCCGCUGCGGGGGAGGCGCUGCGACAGCGCCUCGCCGCUCAAGCGGACGCGGCUCUAGCUGAAGGUCCUGACAACCCACUUCGAGUGCUCCUGAGCCAGCCGGAAGGGACGCGUGAAGAUGCCAAAAGCCGGCUGGAGGCCGCAGUCAGGCUCCUGCUGGAGCGCCCGAAGGCGAAAGCGCUCGAGGACGAGGCUG